UCAUUUUGUGGUUCUCUUAUUUAUUUUUGGCUAUACAUAAUAAUGUUAUGAUAAAGUAAAAAAUAAACAGUGACAUUUACUGUUGAUUAAGAUUUGUGUGUGUGUUUAUCCUGCUUUGCAUUCUAGGAAUAUCAGAUGAAACCUGGGAAAGCUAUGCCAAACCACACAACACCGUUGGAUGACGCUCCGAGGCAAGGUCAAACCCAGCUGUGCAUGAAAGUGUUUGUCCAACGGGAUUACAGUGACGGGACUACAGUCCGUUUUCAAACGCAUUUCCCCUCUGAACUGGAAGGAAAACUGGACCGAGCAGCGUUUGAGUACACAGUCUCACAGCUGAACACCUACUUCGCUGAGGCUGAGAAGGGUUCUUGCAGCACUUACUGUGAAGGCUGCCUAGCCUGCCUCACAGCCUACCUAGUCUACAUAUGUUCCGAAACACACUAUGAGAAGUGUUUACGGAAAGUAGCCAAGUUUGUGAUGGAACAAAAUGAGAGAGUGUACAUGCCAAGAGGACUUCUACUGACAAGUCCGGUGGAGCGAGGGUUGCGAGUUAUAGAGAUAUCAAUUCUGGAUCAGCCGAUGGUCGCUCGAACAUGACUCAGUCUCUCCGAGUCUACAGAGGAGUUUUUUAUGUGACUUAUCUACCUUGUGUUUGGCAAACACACUGGAGUCUUCCCCGCAACAUCGUCCAGCUACCAGAUUCUCACCCUUGGCAACCUGAAGUAGAAAAGAAUUAACAUAUGUUAGUUUCCUGUGUCAAUCUACAAUCGUUUCAGUGUGAAAGUUUGAUUUACCUUCAAUUUUGUUAUAUUUGAUUCAUAGGAAUCCUGAAAGAUUUUUUAAAAGUUUGUUUAUAUGGUUUUAGAAAAGAUUGAUGUAUUUGAUUGGCUUGUGAAUCGAAAAUAUUGGUACUGUACAUAUAGUUUGAACUCAACUAUAUGUACAUUCCUUAACUCAUUUGCUAGAACCUGAAAGCCCUUCAUGGUAGUCAGUUUAAACUCUAAGGUAUUUUCAAGCAGGUAAACUGUAGGAAAUUGGGUAUUUUGGUUGAUGUGUUUUUAGGGAUACAAAACUCCAUUCAAAACCUUUUUUUUAUUUGUUUGCAAGAAGAGUGUAAACUCGAGUGUUUCAAACUUCAAAUUAAGUAGGCCCUUUACCUUUAAUUUUAAUAUGGUGGAACUAUCAAUGGUUCAUCAGAUGAUUGAUUGGAAUCAACGGAUCAUUUCUAGGUUCUACAUUACAAGUAUAGUGAAUGUGUCGAUUGAAUCAGUGCUAUUCAAUUUGUACGAUCCAGAUAUUGAUCAAACUUAACUUUAUCAUAACAAUAAUAAAUAAACUAAAAAUUCAAAAAUGGACUAUUAGUUAAGUUUUUAUUUUCAAUUUGAAUAUUUUUUUUGUGUUCAAAACUUCAAAGAUUAAAAAGUAUAAAUUAAAAUCUAAAUCCACAGACUGAACUCUGUUAAUUAUCGGCUGGAAUUUGGUGAAGUAAUGCCCUCUGUAAACUCGAUUGUUGAAUGUUCCUUGUUGAAUUUUGUUUCAUUACAUGGUUGAAAUAAUUUAUCGUUAUUUGUAACUAAAAUAAUUUUAAACUUUUUUUGUAGAUAGUUUUUUGUAGUGGUGUAAUUAUUUUUAAAUAUUGUAUGACACACUUUUUUGCAGGUCGUAUUUAGUUAAGUUUUCUCGCUCCUUAAAAGUGUGACAGGCUUGUUUAAAAGACCAAAAUUGUAUAUAUUGUUUUAUUGUUUGGGAUAGUCUAAAAAAGUGUAUUAUAUACUAUUUCGAUUUGAUAUUUUGUUAUUAAAACUUAAAGGGAAGCUCAUUAAAAGUUUUUUAGUGUGUUUACAAUUACUCUUGUACUGUAAAAUAACUACAGUCGGGACCACGUAAGUUUGCUUUUGGCGGCAGCCAAUUACAAGAUAAGGCUAGUGCGACGUUGCCACAUCGCCCGUUGACAACACUAAUUAAAAUACACUAAGUAAUAUAUUCAAAUCAGCUGGUAUUAUUAGAUUUGGCAACACCGCACGGUUCUCAUUGGUUCAUUCAAAACCAUAUGGUAAAUAGGCUCCUCCCUCAACUGCAAACUUACGUGGUCCCGACUCUAGGCUUCUUUUUGUUCAUAAUUUUAUCAACUGCAAAAAGUAGUAAAGUUUUUCUAAUCAGCUGACUUAAUUUCUUUUUACUUUCAGCUGAAAUUUCUUACAUAAUAAACUGGCAGGACCGCUAUUUUAUCUGAUAGUUUUUCUCUCUCUUUUGCUCCAGAAAAUUAUGGAAAAUGAUGUAUCAAAUUUAAAUUUUCUUUUUAUAAAAAUUCAUACCAUAAUGUUUUAUUACUUUGAUGCAAUUGAAUACUGUUUGAUAUUUAUUUCAGUACAGAUAGUUCAUAACAUAAUAAUAUUUUAAAACUGAGUUGUCACUUAAAAGUUAAAAUACUCUUAAAUUAUUUCUGUUUUAAAUCUGUGUA